CGGCAUACUUCAGAACUUGGCAUCCCGUCAGAAAUGGCGUCGCCCACACUGCCCACAUUUACGGAGAGCCCCUCUGUACCACUUCCCGACUCACAUCCGAAUGAUGACAAAUGGGCGACUGGCGCACUCCUCAUUUAUGUGUCACUGCUUUUUGUGAUCCUCUUGACGAGCUACUACUUGCAGUCGAAGAAGAUCCGCUUUAUUCACGAAACCGUAGUUUCUAUCGUUCUGGGCUUGAUGGUCGGGCUCGUUGUGCGAUUGACGCCAUUCAGCAGCACGGUCACCUUCAACCACAAAUACUUCUUCAAUUUAUUACUACCACCUAUCAUUUUGAAUUCCGGAUAUGAUAUGAAACGAAAAAACUUCUUUCGAAAUAUAGGCUCAAUAUUGACUUUCGCUCUAAUAGGUACAAUGAUAUCCACCAUUAUCAUUGGGGUACUGGUCUAUUUUGUCGUAUACUUGCUUGUGGUGACACAUUGGCACCCCGAGCUGAAGAUGACUAUGCUUGAUUGUAUCGUCUUUGGGUCAAUUCUCUCGUCAACCGAUCCAGUAACGAUUCUGGCGAUAUUCCACCAGUUGCGCGUGGAUCCCAAAUUAUACGCUAUAAUCUUUGGCGAGAGCAUAUUAAAUGAUUCAGUCGCUAUCGUCCUUUUCAAAGUACUCGGCCAGUUUCGAGGGAAAGAGGUGACAAUCGUCAAUCUUUUUCACGGCGCUGCUUCGUUCCUGGCAGUUUUCACUGGCUCGGUCAUGGUUGGCAUAAUCAUUGCGCUGAUAGGCGCCCUGAUGCUAAAGCACUCGCGCUUGCACGAAUUUCCGUCCUUGGAGUCAUCCAUCAUUGCUCUCCUUGCGUAUUCUUCUUACCUCCUUUCGAAUAGUGUACAACUCUCCGGCAUUGUCUCACUACUGUUUUGUGGAAUUUGUCUCAAACACUACGCCUAUAAUAACAUGAGUAUCAGAACUCGUCGGACAACGAAGUAUAUGUUCCGAGUUUUAUCUCAACUCAGCGAAAACUUUGUCUUCAUCUAUUUGGGAGUUACCGUAUUCACCAAUCUCAAAGAUGAGGUUUAUCGGCCAGGUCUAAUAUUCUUCACUUUGAUUAUCUGUAUGGUAGCCAGAUACAUGUCGGUCAUUCCUCUCGCCCGACUGAUCAAUUUCGUCAGCGCACGACUUCGCCCGGGAACUCCGAGGGAAGAAAUCCCUCGAAAUCAUCAGUUAAUGUUGUGGUGGGCGGGAUUACGUGGUGCCAUCGCAUUUGCGCUCUCUUUUGAAGUUAGCGGUGACACUGAAGAGACCAUGAGAACAGCGAGAGUGAUUCAGACAACAACUUUGAUUAUAUGCAUCAUCACCGUCAUCUUACUAGGUGGCACCACGAACAUGGCACUAUCUAGGCUGCGGAUUAGAACAGGUGUAGGAAAGAAAGGAGUCAAUUCAAGCGGAUUGGCUACAGGGGAUGACUACAUUGAGGAUGACGAUGAAGAUCCAGACACAGAUUCAAGCGACGGAGAGGGGGAUGAUUGGGAUGACGAUUUACCAGGAUCCAUACAUCGGGACCACGGGGACAGCCAUGCGUCCAACGAAAGUUUGGACAACGUCAGUGUAGGAUCACUGGAAGAUCUUGUGCAGAGCGACUCCCAUCGAGGGGUGCGGAUCGAUGUUGAAGAGGAUUCACGGGGCAGGGGUAAUACUAUUUGGGAUGAUGAUAUGACUCAUUGGUUCAUGAGCUUCGAUAACAAAUGGUUGAAGCCACUGUUUACGAGGACGCGAUGGAAAUGGGGGCGAACCGGUGGAAGGCGACGGCAUGCGUCACCAUCAAGAGAACGGCUACUUCAUACUCCUGCCGGCUCAGGAGAGGGCGCAGCGCGGACCAACUCUGGCACCCAACGAACUUUCGGCCUAUCCCCUUCAGCUUUCGAAAAUCGCCGAAAGGAACUACGGAAUGCCUCAAAAGCCAGUCAUGCAUCAGGGGGCUUCGGUCCCCAACGCCCUAUCGCGAGUAGUCUUCGUUCCGGAUCUGCUUUUCAAAGCUUCGGACGCAAGCCUGAAUCGACGGGGAAAGGUGGAGAAGAGGAGGAGGUGUUCCAUGACGUGAAUGGUAAUGUCUGGACGGGAAAUCGUCCUGCGCCAAAGGGUGACACAUCGCAUACACGAAGUGCAGGCACGGUGGAAAUGGAUGGACUACCAUCAGGUCAGCAGCAACAAGGAGGCGGUCUGAGAUCUGUGCGGUCCUCCAGCCGUAUCAAUCUGUUCACCAUGGAAUAAUUGGAUGACAGGGGGUGGACUUCUGUCACGAUUAGAGACGGCGCUUCCAGAGCCCAGUUCAUACGAUACAUCACAAAUCCAAUUCCAUAUAUAUAUAAUUCCUUCCGUUCUCCUGGCGGUUAUUGGUCAUCGUGCUCAUCGUCGUCUUCCUCAUGCUCUUCAUCCUCGUCCAUAGUGUCAGACACUGCUUCGUCAG